UGGGAUUAAACACAUGUGCCACAACACCGGGCAAGCAACUAAUAAAAAUUCAUUAGUCUGCCCAAGAUUUUUGGCAGUGGUCACAUUGGAAAUUUAUGAGAAAAUCAGAAAAUUCUGCCCAGCUCAGAGAAAACAACUCUUAUACGCAUACAUAUAUGGCCAUAUCUAUAUAGUUUCAGAAAGUAAAUGUGUUGAGAAAACUAAAAUGUCAGAAUUCCGAAACGGCAGAAAUUGAGGAAAACUUCCUGAAAAGUAAAGAGCUACCACCGAGUUUUCUUUGUGCCAUUAACAGGCUUAGGGGGGAAAAAUAGAUAUCCUAAAAUAGAUAUUAUCCUUAUAUGUCAUAGACAUUUCUUUUUACCAUUUUUAGUAGCUUUAAGGAGGCAAACUUCUAUCAGCCUAUCAAGCAAGAUCUUAUGCGGCAUAUCUGAUAGGUUACUUGCAGGAAAGGGUUACUGAGGCAGAGAAACAGCAGGAUCUAGGCCAGAAAACUUCAUUUUGGUUGUCUCUGAAAGCCCUUAGUUUGAGUUAAGAAUUUCCAUAUCAAUUGGUCUUACUAUCCCUUGUCACUGAAGUCCAACUGAACUACUGGACUUUGCUGUCUAGACCUAAAAAAACAUCUUAGGGGCUCCUUGUACCACUCCACACCAUGGAAACCAGAGCAAAUAAAUCUCAGUCACCAAAACUGGAGUCAGGGGUGUAAAAUUGCUAAGAAUAUCAAAGACACCAUCUCAUAAACUGACAACGUAUAAAAAACGUAACCAACACAAAAAUAGACUAGGCUCCUCAAUUCUUGAAUUUACACCAACAGCCUUCCACAAAAACAGAGAGCAUAUUUGCUAAGAUUUUUGUUUCUUCAGAAUUUGGAGAAUCCUUUCUUUCAUGUACUUGGUUUUGACUUGUUAAAUGGAGUGAGCCCAGGUAUGUAUCAGUGAUUCUCAAACAUUAUCCUGCCCUUGUGAAAAGUACAGAAGGCCUCAUUGGUCAAAGGAUUUCUAUUAUAAACUGCAGUCUUUAUGACUCAAAUGUUUACGUCUUCGUACACGUGAUCACUGCAAAUCGCUCCCAAGGUGUCAAUGAUCCGGCCGCGGUAGGGCGCUGGACCCAAGCCUGGGAGCCGGGGUGUGGACCCGGGUCGCCCCGCAGCCCGGGCUCCUGGAGUUCCGCUGACCCGCGGUCCCCGUGCUGGCCUCUCCCCGGUGCUGGCUCGCUCCUCGAGCUGCCAGUACCGCCCUUAUUUAUGACUGCACGGUCGGGCUGGAGUCUGCCGGGACACUCCGCGGUUCCCAGGCUCCUCUCGGGGUCUCUCCCGGGCUUCCCAGGGUGCGCGUCAGCCGGAUCCCCAGGGAGGCCGGGGUCGCCUGGUCCCGCGGAGGUCUCGCACCGACUUCUCGCGAGGUUUCAGCUCCCCCCACCCCACCCCACCCAUCCCAGCUUGGGCCCGCAGCUCCCGCUAUGGCUGCACUGCGGAGGCUCCUGUGGCCGCCGCCCCGGCUGUCCCCUCCGCAGCCCUUCCUCGCGCCGUGGGGGCGGCCUGCGGGGACAGCCCCGGGGUUGCCUGGCCGGCCUUUCUGCUGCCGCGAGGAUGACGAGGGGGCCGUGACGGAGGCAGCGUGGCGGCGGCGGCGGCGCUGGGGCGAGCUGAGCAUCGCGGCGGCGGCCGGCGGGGGUCUGGUCGGUCUCGUGUGCUACCAGCUGUAUGGGGAUUCCAGGGGCGAGCCCUCCGCGAGCGCGGCCUCAGAGCCCGAGGACCCGCCCAGCGGCCGGGGGCUGCUGCCCAUCCCGGUGGCCGCUGCCAAGGAGACGGUUGCUAUUGGCAGAACAGAUAGUGAAGAUUUGGACCUCUGUGCUACGUCUCGAGAAAGACGUUUUCGUUUAUUUGCUUCUAUAGAAUGUGAAGGGCAGUUAUUUAUGACUCCAUAUGAUUUUAUUUUGGCUGUUACAACAGAUGAGCCCAAAGGAACUAAAUCAGAUGCUCUCAGAAACACCACCAGUUUGGAAGGGAUCAUCAAAGCUGUUUCGAAAUCUUAAAGAAAGAGGUGUGAUUUCUUACACGGAAUAUCUUUUUCUUUUAUGUAUUUUAACAAAGCCUCAUGCCGGUUUUAGAAUAGCUUUCAACAUGUUUGACACUGAUGGCAAUGAAAUGGUGGAUAAAAAGGAGUUUCUGGUGCUUCAAGAGAUAUUUAGGAAGAAAAAUGAAAAGAGAGAAACUAAAGGAGAUGAAGAAAAGCGUGCAAUGCUGCGUCUUCAACUUUAUGGAUACCAUUCUCCUACCAAUAGUGUACUUAAAGCAGAUGCUGAGGAACUUGUCUCCAGAAGCUUUUGGGAUACACUGAGACGUAACACAAGCCAAGCACUCUUUUCCGACCUUGCAGAGCGUGCUGAUGACAUAACAAGCUUAGUAACCGAUACUACACUUCUGGUACACUUUUUUGGAAAGAAAGGAAAAGCUGAGCUUAACUUUGAGGAUUUUUAUAGAUUUAUGGAUAACCUACAGACAGAAGUUCUGGAAAUAGAAUUCCUUUCCUACUCCAAUGGAAUGAAUACUAUCAGUGAAGAAGAUUUUGCCCACAUUCUUCUACGAUAUACAAAUGUGGAAAAUACAUCAGUAUUUUUGGAAAAUGUGCGCUACAGUAUACCUGAAGAAAAGGGCAUCACAUUUGAUGAGUUCAGGUCAUUUUUCCAGUUUCUGAACAACUUAGAAGACUUUGCAAUAGCCCUCAAUAUGUAUAACUUUGCAAGCCGCUCAAUAGGACAAGAUGAAUUUAAACGUGCUGUCUACGUAGCUACUGGACUGAAACUUUCACCACAUUUAGUGAACACUGUCUUCAAGAUUUUUGAUGUCGACAAAGAUGAUCAAUUAAGUUAUAAAGAAUUUAUUGGAAUUAUGAAAGACAGACUCCAUAGAGGAUUCCGGGGUUAUAAAACAGUCCAGAAGUAUCCAACAUUCAAAUCGUGCCUAAAAAAAGAACUUCAUAGCAGAUAAAUACUCCUAAAAACGAAGAUUGAGGAGUAUAAUAUAUGUGACAAAUGCAAGAAGCAAAAUUUCUGAGAGAGGAUGCACGUCUGAGAUCCGAACAUGCGGAAAAUAAAGAAAUCGGUGAAACACUGAAUUUUUUUUCUUAAACUGAGUGCUUGAACAUCAAACAGAUAAAAAUGCAUCUUCUUCCUACAGAUGUUAGCCCUGGGUUCAGUCCCCGGCACCACCAAAAGAAAAUUUACUGCAAUUGUUAAGUAUAAUCAAGUUGAACUUUGACCUUGAUUUAUUGAACUCUGCACUUUUUCCAUUCCUUUCAGAGUAUGUGGGUAGUUCCAGUGACUUAAAUUUUUUAUUUAUUUAUUAGAAAUUUCCAUUAUUUCAGAAUAAUUUAUCAAUGAUAGCAUAUAGACAACCUGAAAACGGAGAACACAUUUUCUGCUGGUUUGGACUGUGAAUGAGUUUUCACAAAAUGACUGUUGCUUCAGAUUUGUCUUGGGCCCUUACCGUUGUUAGUAAAUCCCUAUUAUUUAUCUGGAUUUUAAUUGUAUUGAGAUAGUUUUUGAAAACAAGUGGAAAUUAAGUUAUUAAAUAAUAUGGUUUACAUUGUAUUUUCAACUUUUAAAACUAUGUAACAUAUUGUAUAAUUUGUGUAAAUCUUUUAUUAUUUUGUUUGUUUCUGCUAUUCUUUGUGUUAUGUUUUGUUUUUGUACCAAGCAAACAAGAUGUCACAUAUUUUAUGUAUGAAGAGAUUUAGACAUUUUUUCAAAAAAAUAAUGAUCCAUAGUGAUAGUUAGAAGCAAGGGCAGUUAUAAUCGUGAUCAUUAUCACUGUGGGUGGACAGUUCUGCUCUUGAUUGUAAGUGGUAUGUUAACACUAGUAAAAAAUGAUAUUCGUAACUUAUUGGAUAUUGUUAAUCUAUGUCUGUAGCAUCAAAAUGAGUGUUGUAAAAGACUAAUAUAAAGUGGCUACAAGAUUGAUGCAUAGUUAUAUAGAAAAUAAUGCUUUGUUUCUUCAAAAAGGACCACAUACAAAAUUGAUGCAAACAGCAAAUAGUAAGGAAUCAUUUAAAUAUAAUUCAUUAUUUCAAAACAGUAUGUCCUAAAAGGGAAGAUAAAACUUCUGUUGAAAAGGCUCACUCCAGAGGCUGGGUCAGGAGGAUCACAACUUGAAGCCCUAGAGAGCUAGGCUAGAGAGCAAACCCAAGGCCACCCUAAGCAGCUUAGUGAAAACCUGUUUAUAGAUGAAAAAGAAAAGGGCUGGGAAGAUAGCUUGGUGGUACACUGCUGCCUAACAUGCCUGAGGCCCUCGGUUCAGUUCCCAACACUGGAAAAAUACAAAGAAAAAAAGAUCAAAAACUAGAUUUCUACAUUGAGAAAUAAUUUUAGAAUACUUAAUAGAUAACAUUUAGUUUAAAAGGAUACUAUAACGCAAUGAGUUUAAGUUAUCAUAUUUACAUAUUGCAUGUGAAAGAAUUUAAUAAGUUAAUCUCUCUUCCUUUCUAAGGCAUAUUUAAAUUAUGUACACUCCAACUAGUACUUUGCUUUUGCAUAUGAAAAUAAGAAACACUGGCUUUGUUUUUCUAAGUUAUUAAAUGUGAAAUUGAUCUGUGUCAACUUAUUUAUAAAAGUAGUAUAUUUCCGGGGCUGGAGAGAUGGCUCAGAGGUUAAGAGCACUGACUGUUCUUCCAGAGGACCCAGGUUCGAGUCCCAGCACCCACGUGGCAGCUACAAACCGUCUUUAGCUCCAGUUCCAGGGGAAUCCGAAGCCCUCUUCUGACCUCCGCGGCAUUGCAUGACAUGGGUGCACACACAUACAUGCAGGCAAUACACUCAUACACAUAAAAUGAAAAUAAUAAAUAAAAUAUUUAAGGAAAAGAAAAAUAAUAUAUUUCCAAGAAAAUGUUAUUAGUGUUCAUUUUGUUCUUCAGACUUUUCACAUUCUUUGACUGGUAUUAUUUAUUGUACCAAUAUGGGAAUAUAAAUGUGUAGAUUUAAUUCCCAUAUAUAGUAUAGCAAUUUAACUUCACCUGCUUUGAAGCCUGAGUCACUUGACUGACUGCAGCAAUGCAGACUGCUCACUUCCCACGCCUCAGGCCUUCUGUACUUUACAUGGAAUGUGCUCAGCAAUACCUGGGAAGUGAAAUAAUUUUGAAAUUACAAAUUGAUCUAUUUGUAAAUUAUUGGUCUGAUUGUAAAUUAUUUUAUCAUGCAUUCAUGGAAAAUCUUGUACCUAUAGAUUAAAAUUUUAAAUUAAUUUAUUUUAAAAUCCUUUACGAUUCUUUCAGUCUCCCAAGGAAAAACACCAAACCACAUACAUAAUCAUUAUUCUUUAUUGUUUUAUUGUGAGUGGAUCUUUUUAUAAGUCCACAAGAUAUUAUAAAAAAUGAGAGUAAAUAAAAUAUUCUGAUCAAGUAAUGCAGGGGGAUAAUAGUAAAUUACAGUGAUUUCCUUCAUAUCACUCUUAAAUGCUUUCUUAUAUCAAAUAGAAGGCAAAAAUACUUC